AUGCCUCCUCGACAGAAGAACACUUCCUGGGUUGCUCCCAAAGCCGCUCCUGCUCCCAUUACUGCCACUCCUCUUACUGCCACUCCUGCUGUCGCUCCCAUUGCUGCUGCAGCAAAUGUGUCUGUGCUUCAAAAUCCCCCAAGACGUCAUCAGCUUCCUGUUAGAUUCAGAGAUAAUGGUUCAAGUUCCACUGCAGACAAAGGGGAAUCCUUUCACCUUGAGAACAUCUCCGAUGAUGAGGAAGACAAAGCGGCCAACCCUCCUGCACUCACAGUAACACCUGUUGUAUGCCCUAGUCCACUCCAGACUGCAAUGAAUACCGCCAGAACUGACCCUCUGGCCACUGGUGGCCGAGCCAAACCACCUAAAUCCUCUGCCGACAUUCAUUUCUUCUACAGACAGGACCCUGUCACUCAGUCUAGAAUCUGUAAAGCCUGCAAAGAAAUCCACACUCGUGACAAUACUCAUGCUGUUGUAUCAUACCUUGCUACUACAGGCACUACAGGUCGUCAGACACACACAUUUAAUGAGCAUACCAUCAUUUAUUUGGAAGAAGCAGAGUGCAACCACUGGCACAUCCAUGCUUCAUCGCAUUUGAAGACAUUUUUGGAUGAUGGCUGGAUGAUCGCGACCUUGCAUCAACAGCUCAAGGAUCCGGCUUACACCUUGGACUCACUUGGUACUCCCCCAAGUCCUAGCUCACUCACCAGUACCAUCCUGUUAGCUCCAGAUGAUGUACUGCCUAACUUUACCCUGGACAAAAUGCACAAACAGAUUGUGAGAUUUAUCAUUGCCAAUGAUCAGUCAGUAAUUGCUUUCAGGCAAUCAGUGUUAUUGAAUGCCCAGAAUUUUGCUGCCUGA